AAUCUCGUGGAAACCGUUGGUUUUCUCAUUUUUGAUUUAAUCGCGUAGAGAUACUUCUAACAGCUAUGUUAGCUGAAGCUGUGUUGGAGUGGAUAGAUGGGCGAUGACCUUUACAAUGACGAGCUGUUAAUAGAAACGUUUUUUAAUUAAAUUUAACUUCCAACAUUAAUUAAUGUUAAAACGUAACAUUUUCCAAAACAUUUAAAAUCACCAUUCGCCGUGAACCGUGAAUCGUAAGCAAAAUUGAAUUUAAAUUGUAAACAAUGGGAAUUACAUUUUGAGUAUAAAAACGGUGUUUUUUGCGUCCAAAAACCACAGAACGUUGGUAAGGGGACAUGAAAAUGGCAUCGAAAAUAACUGGUUUCUUCGUUAUAGCUGUACUAUGUACCGCACGCUGCAACCCGUUGGGUCAAACCGCUUGCGAGACUAUCCUACCCUCCGGUACGCCUGUGUGUGAGUCUACGCCCAACGUCUUGGCCAACCUUGGCUUGGGACUUGGACCCUUGGGCGUGAACUUACCACCAUCUCUCAUUCUGCAACUGUUGUCGCAAAGCAUGCUGCCAAACUUGGGGUCAACCACUGUAUGCGAUUCCAAAACUAAUAUUGGCUUACCUGUUCUGUCACCGUAUGGGUUACCUUGGAAUACAGGUAUUGGGUUACCAAGUCAAACGUCUGUCUGUGACAGUACACCGAACAUUUCACCCCUAAAUGUACCUAUACCUUACGGUCUGCACAUACCUGCUGGGCUACUUAGCGGGCUAAACUUACCUGGUGGGUUAGUCAGUGGAUUAAAUACGCCCAGUUCGACAACGGUAUGCGAGAACUCAUCUAAUGCUAUAUCUCCCCUAGGCUUACCUCUCGGUUUAUCUGGCUUACCUUGUCAAAGGCAACAUGGGACUAUAAAUGGACUCAAUUUACCUUGGAGCGGGCUGGGAAUACCCCAGAAUGGGCUUGGGUUACCUUUGAACGGGCUUACUGGUCUCACAGUCGGUUCUUUAGGAUUACCAAUCUUGUAAACACUAAAAUAUUUGUUAGCCAAAGCCCAAAUGAUUUUUAUUAGCUAAAACAUUGGUGCCACUUAAAAAGAGCGCUCAGGAUCCGAAACCUCCAACCUAAAACCACAGCUUCCACCGCUACGCCCCGGAGAUGGUUAGGGCACUAAUUAAUAUCACUUACUUUAACAGUGAAGGAAAACAUUAUUAUUAUUAUUGUUGAAUUCGUAGUCAGAGUAAUAAUAAGGCAUCCAUUCGGAGGGACCUAGUUUGGACUGCUUCAACUUUUCGGAUCUGCGUUUUUAAUUCAAGCGAUUAAAAUAUCACUUUAACGGUUUAACGGUUGCUCAUCAUUGAAAAACCAAAUACAAAAAGAAUCAAUAGAGAAACUUAAAAACUAGAUAAAGUGUGCAGAGGCGGUCUUAUCGCUAAAGCUAUGUCUCCCAGACAACCUUUGGAUAAAGGUAUUCUAAUAAAACGUCUUAAGGACCAGCAUGCCUGAGUGUCCCUCAUAAUGUUCUCAAAGGCGUGUGAAGUCUACUAAUCCGUACAUGGCCAGCAUGGUGGAAUAUAGUCUAAACCCUUGUCAUUCUGACAGUAGACAUUCUGAGGUAGUGCCUUGUACCCCGUAAUGGCUUCAUGAUUAAGAUAGUGAUAAUAUUCGCUAAAGCUUUCCAUCCUGUAUUAGAACAAUCUUGAGGUUUUAAGCUGUUAAUCGCACUAUCCUUAAGAGAGGACGGAUUAACUUGGUGUGAGAAUUCAAUAGGCUAAAAAUUAUGACGAUAAAUAUAGUCGCAGUUUGUCUGUAAUUGGAUUAAUCCAGAGUGCUCUAUUUAUGUGACACCUACUAUAACCAUGCUAAAUGAAAAGUUUUUAUCCGCAUUCUAGCAAUAUAAUUAUGACUGUGUUGCUUUAGACGAAAAAAGAAAUUGAUAAUCGACAUUUGUAAUAUCAAACUUGACAGUGUGUCCUUGAAAAAGAAUCAAAUUUGACGUCACAAAGGUAACUAUUAGAGUGUCCUUAAAAAUGAGGUAUCUUAGUGAUCUAGAAAUGGUCUCAUUAAAUAUAUAAGCAAGGUAAAAAAAACUUUGGGCAUAUUUUAAUUACUCUCAUUUUUUAACCGGUGUGUCGUGUGUUUGUCCCUGCAGCCUUAAAUUUUGGGUUAUUAUUUCUGUAAACUUUUAUUUAAUUUUGUGAAAAAAGCUCGAUAAAAUAAUGUCCCUUUUUAUUUAAUAUGUAACAGAAAUAAGAUCACCCACAAUAUUAUCUAACGAUACAUGUUUCAUUUCAUCGUACUAAAAUGUCGUACUACCACAUAUUGUAUGUCCAAAAACAAAAAAAAAAUAUA